GUGUUCCGGCGUUGGUCCAGCCUCCUGACGGUGCGCAACUCCCGGGGAAGCAGAGUGCCUUGCGCUUGCUGUCUUUCUUUUUCUUUCUGUUUUUUUUUUUUUUUCUUUUUUUUCAUGAGAGCCCCUUUACCAUCAGUCUGAGAGCUGGGCUUGAGGUGGAGCGGAUCUGAAGGGCCCAGUCUGGCUGUGAAAGGCAUCCUUAUACUCACACACAUGGCGCUGUAGUAUAAGUACAUUUUUUUUUUUUUUUUGUUGGACUGUGGAAGGGACCGAGCUUUUUCUUUUUUUUCUUUUUUUUUUUUAAAGUCGCCCGUUUUUCAGUACAGCCGCGGGCGCUCACCAUGGAGAUGCAAAGGUGGACCACCAGGUGGAAAACGAAAAGGUGGCUAUGGGAUUCGACGCUAACCGCCGCGGUCACAAUAAUUUUACUUCUACAAGCUGCCAGUGUCAGAGCAGCUGAGCCAGUAGAUGUGCUGAAGGCGCUAGACUUCCAGAGCUCUCCUGAAGGAGUACGGAAAACAACAGGCUUCUGCUCAGUCCGGAGAGGUUCCCAACCUGACACUGCUUACCGAGUGGGAAAAACGGCUCAGAUCAGUGCUCCGACCAAACAGCUCUUCCCAGGGGGAGUCUUCCCGGAAGAUUUCUCCAUCCUGUUCACUGUCAAGCCUAAGGCUGGCCUCCAGUCCUUCCUGCUGUCCGUGUACAACCAGCAAGGCAUCCAGCAGCUCGGCGUGGAGGUGGGCCGUGGCCCCGUCUUCCUGUAUGAGGACCAGCAUGGCAAGCCUGCCCCGGAGGAGUACCCCCUGUUCCGCUCCAUCAACCUUGCUGACGGCAAAUGGCAUCGUGUGGCUAUCAGCGUGGAGAAGAAGGCUGUCACCAUCAUUGUGGACUGUAAGAAGAAGCUGACCAGGCCGCUCGCCAGAAGUGACCAGGCUGUCAUCAACACAGAGGGCAUUACUGUCUUUGGCACCAGAAUCCUGGACGAGGAAGUCUUUGAGGGUGACAUCCAGCAGCUGCUGAUAGUGGCAGACCCCAGGGCAGCCUUCGACUACUGUGAACACUACAGCCCUGACUGUGAAACCCCCAACCACCACGACACCCCCCAGGCUCAGGAACCUGAGGGCGAGUACAAUAACUAUGAUUAUGGUGAGAUAUAUGACUACAUUGAAGGCGAGUUAACCACUGACAGUCCCCCAACUGAAGGAGCCAAGACCGAGACAAAUGUGGGUGGAGACUACUACACGGGUGAGUAUGACUACAGCAUAGUGGAUGGAAAUCAGCCUGAGACUCCAACUGACACUGCUGGGCAAGGCCAGAGCUAUGAUGGGGAAAUAGUGGAUGAUUACAUCACCGGUGUGGAACAGGUCGGGGUGGAUCCCACUAUUGCUGUGGAAACCGCUGCCCCAGUGGACCCCAAAGAGAAAGUGGAUCCGGCCACUGACGCGUAUGAGUUUAAAGAAUACGACCUGAAGGAAUAUGACCACAAAGAGUUUGUAGAGAAGCCAUACGAAUAUGGCGAUUAUGGCGAUUAUGGCACCGCUGACACCAAGCCCACAUCUGCAACGUAUGAUGACGAGUUCGGCCCUGGUGUUCCAGCAGAGACCGACAUCAGUGUGAGCGGAGGUCAAAGUUACCUGGGAGAGAAAGGAGAGAAGGGCGAACCCGCUGUCAUUGAGCCAGGGAUGCUUAUUGAAGGACCCCAAGGAGCCCCCGGCCAAGCAGGUGUUCCUGGUACCCCAGGAUUGCAGGGUCCCCCAGGUCCCCAUGGAGAUCCUGGUGAGAGGGGUCCUCCAGGCCGUCCUGGUAUUCCUGGUUCCGACGGUGUCCCUGGGCCUCCAGGUACCAUUCUGAUGCUUCCAUUCCGUGCAGGCGGUGAGGCACACAAAGGACCUGUGGUUUCAGCCCAGGAAGCUCAGGCUCAGGCCAUUCUGUCUCAGGCCAGGCUGGCCAUGCGAGGUCCACCUGGGCCAGCAGGCAUGACGGGAAGAUCUGGUCCUGUCGGAGGUCCUGGUGCUUCUGGACUUAAAGGUGACAGUGGUGAUCCUGGACCACAGGGACCCAGAGGUCUUCAGGGUGGAACUGGUCCACCAGGGAAAUCAGGAAAGAGGGGUCGUAACGGAGCUGAUGGUGCUCGAGGAAUGCCCGGAGAGGCAGGGGCCAAGGGUGACAGGGGUUUCGACGGCCUGCCUGGUCUCCCCGGAGAAAAAGGACACAGAGGAGAACAGGGUUCUACAGGUGCUCCGGGACCUCCAGGAGAGGAUGGUCCAAGAGGUGAAGAUGGCCAGGUUGGACAGAGAGGUGUGGCUGGAGAGAGUGGUCCCCGAGGUUUGCUUGGUCCCAGAGGGUCUCCAGGUCCCAGUGGACAGCGUGGUCUUCCUGGACUUGAUGGCCAAGCUGGUCCCAAAGGAAACAUGGGUGUACAAGGAGAGCCAGGGCCUCCUGGGCAGCAGGGUUUGCCUGGUCCUCAUGGUCUCAUUGGUCCUCAAGGUCCGAUCGGGCCUCCUGGUGAAAAAGGACCUCAAGGUAAACAAGGUCUGGCCGGCCUUGCUGGUGCUGAUGGCCCCCCUGGUCACCCAGGAAAAGAAGGUCCUGCAGGCGAGAAAGGAGCAGCUGGUCAUCCUGGUCCUAUGGGAUCCAUUGGGUACCCCGGGCCUCGUGGUGUCAAAGGUGCUGAGGGAAUCAGAGGUCUUAAAGGUGGCAAAGGAGAAAAGGGAGAGGAUGGAUUCCCCGGCUUCAAAGGUGACAUGGGUCUCAAGGGCGACAAGGGCGAGGCUGGUGUACUAGGACCCAGAGGAGAGGACGGCCCUGAGGGCCCCAAGGGCAAGUCAGGACCCAAUGGAGAAGCUGGUCCCCUGGGAUUAGCUGGAGAGAAGGGCAAACUCGGAGUCCCUGGAUUGCCUGGGUACCCUGGCAGACAAGGCUCGAAGGGUUCCACUGGCUUCCCUGGAUUUUCUGGAGCAAAUGGCGAGAAGGGGGCAAGGGGAAUCGCCGGCAAAGCAGGCCCACGAGGACAACGUGGCCCAACGGGUCCACGUGGCGGACGUGGUGCUAGAGGACCAACAGGGAAGCCAGGUGCAAAGGGCACCUCAGGAAAUGAUGGACCUCCAGGACCGCCAGGAGAGAGGGGACCUCAAGGACCGCAGGGACCCGUCGGUUUCCCUGGACCAAAAGGACCCAAUGGCCCACCAGGAAAAGAUGGCCUGCCCGGUCAUCCCGGACAGAGAGGAGAGACGGGCUUCCAAGGAAAGACAGGACCUCCAGGACCCGGAGGGGUGGUUGGACCACAGGGCCCAACUGGAGAGACAGGACCCAGCGGAGAGCGAGGACACCCGGGCUCUCCUGGUCCACCUGGUGAGCAAGGUCUUCCUGGAGCUGCUGGAAAAGAGGGUGGAAAGGGUGAUCCAGGUCCUCAAGGCAUUGGUGGAAAGUCAGGACCUGCUGGCCUGAGGGGCUUCCAGGGGGCAAGAGGUCUUCCAGGGGCUAUGGGUCCAGGUGGCUUAAAGGGAGGAGAAGGGCCUCAGGGUCCCCCCGGCCCCAUCGGUUCUCCUGGAGAGAGAGGUUCUGCUGGCCCUGGUGGUCCCAUUGGUCUGACGGGACGCAACGGUCCCCAAGGGGGCCCCGGCCCUGCUGGAGAGAAAGGAGGUCCUGGAGAGAAAGGUCCCAUGGGUCCCGCAGGUCGUGACGGCAUUCAAGGUCCUGUUGGUCUUCCAGGCCCGGCUGGUCCACAGGGUCCCCCUGGAGAGGACGGUGACAAGGGAGAAGUUGGUGGACCUGGACAGAAGGGAAGCAAAGGAGACAAGGGUGAACUUGGUCCACCAGGCCCAAGCGGUCUUCAGGGUGUGGUCGGAGCUCCUGGUCCAGCUGGCAGCGAUGGUGAGUCUGGACCAAGAGGACAGCAGGGUAUGUUUGGCCAGAAAGGAGACGAAGGACCCAGAGGAUUCCCAGGUUUGCCAGGACCUAUCGGACUCCAGGGUCUGCCCGGCCCUCCUGGUGAGAAGGGAGAGAACGGAGACGUCGGCGCGAUGGGUCCACCUGGUCCUCCAGGCCCCAGAGGUCCUCAGGGUUCCAGUGGAGCCAACGGUGCACAAGGUCCUCCUGGUAGUAUUGGCUCAAUGGGAGGUGUUGGUGAGAAGGGAGAAACUGGUGAAGCUGGCAACCCGGGAACACCUGGAGAGCCUGGUAUUGGGGGCCCCAGAGGAGAGACUGGUGAGAAGGGAGAAUCUGGCCCACCCGGGGCUGCUGGACCCGCCGGUGCCCGCGGACCCCCUGGAGAUGACGGUCCCAAGGGUAACCCUGGUCCUGUCGGCUUCCCAGGAGACCCCGGUCCCCCUGGUGAGCCUGGUGCUGGUGGUGUUGACGGUUUACCAGGUGACAAAGGAGAUGACGGAGAAGCUGGACAGCCUGGCCCUCCAGGUCCAUCUGGUGAAGCUGGAGUACCAGGACCUCCUGGCAAAAGGGGACCUGUCGGCCGAGCUGGUCAGGAGGGCAGACAAGGAGAAAAGGGAUCCAAGGGAGAAGCUGGAGCAGAGGGGCCUGUUGGCAAAACUGGACCUGUUGGACCUCAGGGGCCUGCUGGAAAGUCUGGUCCUGAGGGACUGCGUGGAAUCCCUGGCCCUGUUGGUGAGCAAGGACUUCCUGGUGCCUCUGGCCAAGACGGCCCUCCUGGACCUAUUGGACCCCCUGGACUUCCUGGUAUGAAGGGUGACUCUGGAUCCAAGGGAGAGAAGGGUCAUCCAGGUCUGAUUGGUCUGAUCGGGCCUCCUGGUGAGCCUGGAGAGAAGGGAGACAGAGGCUUGCCUGGACCUCAGGGCACUGGAGGUGGCAAGGGUGAUGCUGGUACCGUUGGUCCCCAAGGUCCCCUCGGCCCUCCCGGUCCCCCGGGUAUUUCCGGCCCUGCAGGACAGAAGGGUUCCAAGGGAUCCACUGGUUCACAAGGUCAGAAGGGAGACAGUGGAAUGAUUGGACCACCUGGACCACCUGGACCACCCGGUGACAUCAUCCAGCCACUCCCCAUCCAGCAGUCUGGCAGAAAGACCAGGCGGCAGGCUGAGAUGCAGGGCGACGCUGCGAUGGCGGACUACGGCGUCGAUGGCGUGGGCAUGGAGGGAAUGGAGGACGUCUUUGGAUCCCUCAACAACCUCAAACAGGACAUCGAGCGCAUGAAGUUCCCCAUGGGCACCCAGGACAACCCUGCCAGGACCUGCAACGACCUGCACCUCAGCCAGCCUGACUACCCUGACGGUGAAUACUGGAUUGAUCCAAACCAGGGCUGCAUAGGAGACGCAAUCAAAGUGUUCUGCAACUUCACAGCGGGCGGAGAAACGUGCAUCUUCCCUGAUAAGAAAUCCACAGGAGUUAGAAUAUCCAACUGGCCCAAGGAGGCUCCGGGUUCAUGGUUCAGUGAAUUUAAACGUGGCAAAAUUUUGAGCUACGUCGACAUGGGAGAAAGCACCAUCAAUACAGUGCAGAUGACCUUCCUGAAGCUGCUGAGCUCCUCGGCGCGGCAGAACUUCACCUACAUUUGCCACCAGUCUGUGGCCUGGUACGACGCCAAGGCCGACGGCUACGACAAGGCGCUGCGCUUCCUGGGCUCCAACGAUGAGGAGAUGUCUUACGACAAUAAUCCCUUCAUCAAGCCGCUGACGGACGGCUGCUCGCUGAAGCAGGGCUAUUCAAAGACGGUGAUGGAGAUCAACACUCCCCGCAUCGACCAGUUGCCCAUCAUCGACGUCAUGCUGAAUGACUUUGGGGAAUCCAACCAGAGGUUUGGCUUCGAGGUCGGCCCCGUCUGUUUCCUCGGCUAAACGCACCCCGACUCCCCGCUGAAGGACAGGGUCAGAGGGUACACGUUAACACCUACAAGCUGAGAUCCGACAACCUUUACCUUCUCUCCCCGCGAAGCAAAAAAAAAAAAAAAACCUGUGUUUUCUUAUGUUGCCAAGAAGAUCCACUCAAGCCCGGAGAAGAAGAGUGCCCCCCCGGCCCUGUCAUGAAAGCGGUGACCAGGGGAAACUACUCCUCGCCCUUGUAGGGCCAGAAUCACAUGACUUUAACUUACAUGUAGUGAUGGGAGUGACAUCAGGAAAAGGACAUUUGAUGCCGUGGCGGACAGUGGCGCACUUUCAGCAACAGAGAGAGGAUCCACUCACCCCAAGCCCCAUCCUCCCUUGUCCUUCCCCCUCCCACCACGCCUCCCUCUCUGGGUGCUCCAGGUGCUGCUCUGAAUACAACCACAGAGGUGCUUUUGUGCAGAAUCACAAAACACUCAAAGGUGCUACAAAAAGUGCUUUUUGAUAAAACUGUAAUUAUUAUUAUUAUUUUGUACAAUUUUGUUCCUUUUCCGAAUCCACUCUUAAAAAAACUUGCAUGUGCCCCAGCUCUUAAAGUCUACAUAAACAUUUGAUAAACAAUAUAGAAUUAAAUCCAAUGAAUAUAUUUGACUUGUGUUAAAAAAAAAACCAAAUUUGUUAAGAAAUGUAAUGUCCUUUGAAACAUUCCAAUUUGUAAGUAUAAAAUAAUCAUUUUUGUAAAUAAUAUAACUUUCAAUAUUGGAUUUUUAUGAGAGCAAGCCAAACUGGAACAUAACACCUAACUCAAAAAGCAUUUUGUCUUUUUUCACGACGCACCAUUUGGUGUGCCCAUCAGGAUAUUAAGCCAUAAUAAAUAUAGAUAAUAAUAUAAAUACUGUAAGAAAGGGCUUAUUCUUCCAAACUUUAUUCACCCAGAUGUUGUACUGUACCUCUCUUCCUUAAAAUGUCGACACAUUUGGCUCUUCAACCAUGUUUUAAUCUUUAAGACUCAAUCAAGUUUUGAAUCAUUUGUGGUAGAAAAAAAACAAACAUUUUUUGUGUUCGUCCGAAAAAAAGCCCUGUCAAUUUCUCUUCUUUGUAACAAUGGACAAAAUGUUUUCAUGUGCCUUGAAUUGUUCAUUCAAAAAUAUUAAAACUGGAUUCUGAAAAAUG